CUUUGUUGCGGCCAGCAGCAUUCGUGAAUAGAGAGUUUGUAAUCGGGUAAUUCACUCCGCAAUCAGCCGUAAUCGUUUCUCGAUCUGAAUGAUCAAGCCAUCAGCGCCGCGCAGCUGCUGGAUUCGCGGUAUUCGACACAACCAGCUCGUUAAUCGUCACGUUUAGAGGCUCAGAGAGGGGCCGAGACUGCCUGGUUUGUUGGUGCUGCGCCUCUACGAAUCGCUUCGGACAGGAGCGCGCGCUCGUGUCAGCUGCCGCGUGAACAUGCCGCCGCCCGCUCCCGCGCAGGUGCUCUCUCUCUACCGGACCCUCCUGCGCGAGGCGCGCCGAUUCCAGAACUACAACAUCCGGCACUACGCGGCGCGCAGGAUCCACGAGGGCUUCGCGGAGAACAGAGGCAUGGCGGACCCGGUGAAGGUGGAAGCGGCGUACGAGGAGGGCGUGAGGAGCCUGGCAGUGGUGCGGCGGCAGGUGGUGGUGUGCAACAUGUACGCCGCCCCCCAGCCGUCCGUCAUGGAGGUGGACCAGCCCAUGGCGCGGCACAGCAGCUGACCGUGGUUCAUAGAUGCACGCACAUGGCCUUUGAAUCAAUAAAACGGCUGUAC